UGUCGUCAUCAACACGCGCCAACACACCACACGGAAAAGCUACCACGACCUUUCAUGCGGCAAACAGAGAGACACUAGCAGGAUUUUACUCAGUUUAUAAUGUUUGUAUCAACUUAUUUUUAGAGGGAAUUAAUUAUAUGUGGCUGUCGAAGAAAACCGGACCGAAAUGCUUCGUUUAUCUCUGGUAGUUUUUGGCAGAGGAGCCACCAGAAGGUUUGCCUCGUCGUUCUCCAGUGAAAGCGCUCUGCCGUCCAAUUUACUGCUGCCUACAAACCUCGUGGAUCCUUCCAGAUCAAAGCGUCUGCCGCCUCCUCCAGACUGUUCCCUGCCUGUUCUGAGGACAUGUGAUGCUGUCGUUCCUUCUCACCUGACCCCCGUCCCCACGUGGGUGGAGACUCUGGAGAAGCAGGACAGCGAGCCGCUGGGCGUGGCUCACCUCCAUCCUGACGUCUUCGCCGUGGCUCCCCGGCUCGAUAUUCUUCACGCGGUUGAAACAUGGCAGAGAGCUUAUAAAAGGAUUAGCCACGCCAACACAAAGAUCAGGUCGGAGGUCAGAGGAGGAGGCAAGAAACCAUGGCGACAGAAAGGAAGUGGAAGAGCUCGCCACGGAAGCAUCCGAUCACCGAUCUGGAGAGGAGGUGGGGUGUCUCAUGGACCCAGAGGCCCGACCAGUUACUACUACAUGCUGCCCAUGAAAGUUCGAGUGCAAGGACUCAAAGUGGCGCUGAGCUCCAAGAUGGCUCAGGACUACCUUCACAUCGUGGACUCCCUGAACAUCCCUACACCAGACCCUCAGUACCUGCUGGACCUCAUCAAACAGAGACACUGGGGAGCGUCUGUCUUAAUAGUCGAUGUAGGUGAAGAGUUUCCUGAAAACAUCCUUCAGGCCACAGCUAAUUUAAAGUCGGUGAACGUUAUUCCAGCAAUUGGUCUGAACGUCCACAGCAUGCUGAAACAUGAAGCCGUCAUCCUCACGCUGGAAACUAUCAAGUUUUUGGAAGAAAAGCUGCUUUGGCACGACCAGCGUUACACACCUCUGUACCCCUUUAAACUGCCGUACUCCGACUUCCCAUAAGAUGUAAUAUAUUGACUGACUGCAGUUAAGACGUUUGUUUUUCUUUAUGUGUUUAUUAUGUUUAACAAAAAAAAAAAUCAUUAAUAAAUAAUGCUGAUGAUAAAAACCAA